ACCGAAAAUAGGACAUCUAGGACAUCAACCCCAUUUAUGUCCUUGAAUCUCUUUUGCAUCUCGCUUGGAAGGGCAUGACUACCAUGCAGGAUUUCAAGUGCAUAUCUAAUUGACAGCCUAGUACUUAUUCAGUCAAUACCCCGUCUGACAGCCCACUUCCAGGUUGUCAGACUACCCCUCUUUAUUUAUAGCUGAAAAUAUUAAGCAUUAUUCGACUUGUCCUUGAUCAGGCUACCGGCCAGCCGAGCCUCCCGACUACAUACCUAGUAGCCUUGACCAAGGUCUUUCGAGUUGCAACUAUCUUUGUUUCAUGAGAACCAUCUGCGUUUUAUGAGAACCAUCUGUGUUUUAUGACAACCUACCUAGGCACUCCAUUAUAUAUAUUACACCUCAUCCAAGUAUUAACCCAAAUAUAAAUCCACACUCUCAGCCUCCCCCAAACUCCGAGAUGCCUGAUAGAGGAAACCGAAGAGACCGUAUACCUAAGCCCCCGGCCCCGCAGUCAAAUCCUUUGGCCGAAGGAUUAGUCCUCUCUUUCGAGCACACGGACCUUAGAGGCUUGGACGAGGAAGGCGACAACAUCGUUAAGGCUUUUAGGUCUAUCGGAUGCCCAUGUCAUAAAUACAGUAUCAAGAGCGAGCGGAGGGUGCAGGACAAGUUGAAAAGGUUCUUGGCUGAGGGAGCAACACCUCGAAUUAUCUAUUUCCAUGGGCAUGGCAGAUCAUUGGAUAAUUCACUAACGUUCUCAAGCCAUAAAAGCCGACAGGUCGGAGGGGAGAACUAUCAAAAAUUGCACUGGCAAGGCGUAGCGGAUGUUAUCAUGGACGCGAAAUGUCCUGUUCUCGUCAUCCUCGACUGCUGCAAUGCCGGCGCGGCAGCCGCGACUCCAGUAAACCUCCACUCUAACAGGUAUCCUAAGGAGCUGAUUGCUGCCACUAGCUGGGGGUUGAGUACUUCUGAUAAGCUAGCCAUUGCCCUAUGCAACGUGCUUAAACCCUGGGCCGAAAGCUCCCGCUCCCGAUCAGCUCGGAGUCUCCACGAGAGGAUAAACAAGGAGCUCUCGGAAUUGCGCACCAACGAGAAGAGGAGGGUUGAGAGUCGUAUUGAUCAGUUGAAGGAUGACCUCGCUAAGACUAACCAAAGGAUCGAGAAGCUGGAAGACAAACUGAAAAGUGCCAAAAGGGAGUUAAGACACCCUGAGAAGCUCAGAGACCGGAGGCGAAGGGAGCUGGAGAGUUCUCGGAGGGACUUGGAAAAGGAGAUCGACAGACUGACUGAGAGAACUCAGUCUCAACGACAAAAGAUAACUGAAAAGGAAGAAAGGCUUGCUAAUCUUCGCAAGAGCAUAGAUUCCUACCGGCAGGCUCAUCACAGUCGCUGGAUGUCGAUGAGGCAGGAGUGGGUACUUCAAAGAUAACUCAAGACUGGGAAUUGAUCUAGGCACGGGGCUUCCUUCUGACAUGGUUUUGCUUGAUUUUUCAUUAUAUCCAACCUUUUUUCUUGUUUUAUGUUUUGCAGAUAUCCUUUCAACUUCAGAUACCAGGUAGUGGCCUAGAUUCAGACGGUCUGGUUGGCAGCUAAUGUUUAUGUUAUGUUUAAUACUAAGUACUGCUAAUUCAAUUCAGAAUGCAAUUCUCAGACAGUU